CCAAAACUCACUCACCCUUCGACACGCUUGGUCAUGUUGCUACAUUGAUGUCCAGCAGAUCAACAUGGCAGAUAUGGCAGACGUCCUCCCGCCUGUCGGCUACGGCAAGAUCUCCGCUUCGCCGAGCCGGUAGUAUAGUCAAGCUCAGGCACUGCCAACUGCCAGUGCCCACGGCACAAUGGCUUCCCAAAGCCCGCUUCAGUACUGCGGAUUCCAAACCCACCAACCGUGGAACUUCAGAGCAGGACUCGGCGUAUUCAAGCAAGGAGGUGGAAGAGCGGAUGCGAGAGUUGGGCCCCAGCGGUACCAAUCUCUACCCAAGAUGUACCAUCAAGCAAAAGGAACGGGACAUCAAAACACUCGUGAGCGAGUUCGAGGAUGAUGAGGGUGCCAGCACCCCUGAAAGUUCUCCGGCCGCAGACGUACAAGGUACAGCUUGUGUGUCCGUCAGGAAUACCGUCUGCUGACCGCCACAGUCUCGGGCAGAAUAGCGUCCAUCCGUUUAUCUGGAUCGAAGCUCGUCUUUCUCGACCUUGUAAAGGACCAGUCCAAAAUACAAGUUACCAUAUCCCAGGCCUCCCUCGCCUCCCGCGUCGACCUUGACGCCUUCAAACGUCAAACUCGCUUGAUCCGCCGCGGCGACUAUAUUUCCAUUCAAGGCAGCCCACCGUUUCGGUCAAAGAAUGGUCAAAUCACGAUCAAAGCCUCGAGCCUCCCUGUGCUCUUGUCUCCCUGUCUGAAUCGGUUUCCAGUCGAACAACCAGGGUUUGCCACGAGUGAAAUGUCGGAGUCGAACUUUACACCACGCCACGUUGAAAUGCUCACAGAUCCCAAUGUGAUUUCGACGUUGAAAGCGCGAUCGUCCCUGAUACGUACUAUGCGCUCCUUCUUCGAACAGCUAUCUUUCGUCGAAGUCAGCACCCCUAUCCUCUCCGCUUCCGCUGGCGGUGCGACGGCGAAACCGUUCGAAACCGGUUCCACGCAUUUCGACAGGAAACUCGCUCUCCGCAUCGCACCAGAAUUGUAUCUCAAGCGUCUCAUAGUCGGCGGCAUGACGCGUAUCUUCGAGGUCGGACCCUCUUUCCGCAAUGAAGGCGUCGACAAGACGCACAAUCCCGAAUUCUACACGUGCGAAUUCUACGCCGUCGACCACGAGCUCACCCAACUGAUAAAGUACACGCACCAGUUGCUCAAAGUCAUUGCAAUCGCGAUGCAAGCGCUACCGAUGGUGGCACCGAGCACGGAACAAUCGCGCUUACUGAUCAAACAAGUCAGUGAGAGUGAGUCCUUUGCCGAAUUCGACUUCAUGUCCACCCUCAACUCUGCAUUAGGCAGCGACCUACCGAACCUCUCGUCUCCUGGUGCGCAAAAGGCUUUGAUCGAAAUAUUCGAGACCAGGUCCCUGUCUACUCCUUCGAACCCGACCGUCCCGAGACUCGUCGACAAACUGGCAUCGGUUUACAUCGAGCCCAAGUCCCUCGACCGGCCCAUAUGGAUCACGAACAUCCCGGAAUGCUUGUCGCCGCUCGCCAAGUCGUACGUCCAUCCGUCGGUCCCCAACUCCCAACGCGUCGCGGCACGCGCAGAACUCUUUAUCCAAGGCAAGGAGGUGGUCAACUGCUACGAGGAGGAAAACUCUCCCUUCGAGCAGCGCCGAAAGUUCACCGACCAACAGCGCCUGGCCCGGCAGGAUGAACGGCGGCAGCAGCAAAACGGCAUCGUCGUCGUCGACGAGGAAGCCAUGACCGUGGACGAAGAUUACAUCCGGGCCCUCGAAUGGGGCCUCCCGCCCACGGGCGGCUGGGGCUGCGGGAUCGACAGGCUCGUCAUGCUGUUCACGGGUCGGGAGAGGAUAGGCGACGUGAUGACCUUUGGCAAUCUGAGGGCCGUGACGAGAGGCGCCGAGAAGAAGGACUCGUGAACUGUUUGUACAAGUAGAAAGCAAACUUGGCACUGUUUAUAUACGCAGGCCAAACCGCCCUGUUCUUCCCUUCUAGUCUCAUGGGGGCCGAGAGAGCACUCUCCCGAGGCACAUCUUCGAUACUCGUAAGGCACUCAUGUCACUCCGUAAAUAGCCCUGCGACCUUGAUUGUUUGGCCCGAAUUAGAUCAUAGACGAACAGAAUUGCAUUGCUGUUGAGCUCUCGCUAGCACCAUCA